UGUCUAGAGAGUUGUAAUCAAGUUACAACAUAUCUUUACUUGAUUGUAGAUUAAAUUAUUGUACAACAUUUACUGCAUUUACUAUUAUACUAAUACAUUUAUUACUUUACUACAUUUACUACUACUUUCACAACUCUACGCCUACGUUUACGCAAUUGUAAACCGGGCUUAAGAUCCAUAAUAUCAAGUGAACAUUUUUCAUUUAAAUUUUAAUAAGAACGUUACAUAUGACGGAUUAUAUAUACAAGAUAAAAGGAGUUUAAAAAUAGAAUAAGCAACCCGGUGAUUUAUACGCGGGAGACACAGCGCAGACACACAUCAUGUCUCCUCAGGUAAGGCACUUUCAUCUAGUCGUCUCCACAGUCCACGAUCUGGGCAAGACUCGUCUGCUGUUGCAGACGACGAAGGAGGCGCAGGUGCAUACAUGUAGCAGCAGUGAAAGUAUCCGCGAGUGCAACUACGAUCUGCCGCGCACGUCUGUCAAUGCCCUCUCUUGCAUAUAGUCAGUCUUGUUCUAACGGCGCCGUUUAACGCGCGAUUCGAGUCUUCAGUUUCGAACUCGUCGUCGUAUCCCUCGUAUGAUCCCUCCAUCGCAAUAAGAUCCCAAGUGUCUAACUUCAGCAGAAGUUCGAAAUCGCGAAAUUGGAUACCACAAGUCCUGAUAUAAUCGAAACUUUCGCAAAACUUUCCGUCUUUGUCGUCGCCGCCGCGACUGUCCUGAAAAAUUAUGACCAAGAGGCUGCGGGCCAUCCUCCUCCUUGUCGUCGGCUGCACGGCAACUCUCUCCUCCGACACCAACCCCGAUUAUGUGAAGCAAUGUUCCAAAAGCGAUCCGAAGCUGAUAACUUGUCUGAUCGACGCUCUACACCAUCUGCGACCCUAUCUGAAAGUCGGAAUCCCCGAAAUCGAAUUACCCUCGGUAGAACCGUUCCGUAUGGACGAACUGACUCUCUCUCUGACAGGUGGUAUAAACGGAUAUAAGAUUCAGCUACGGGACCUUUACAUUAGGGGAGCUAGUAACUACACGGUAGAGGACAUCAAGCUCGGCUCACCCUUCCAAGCCCUUAUACGAAUGCCGGCUCUUAUAUUAGACGCGCAUUAUUCCAGUUCUGGUGUUUUAAUAAUUUUGCCUGCAAGUGGAAACGGUACGUUCCACGCGCGUUUCGGGGAUGCUAGGGCACUAGUCAGAGGGACAGUCUCGACGAAAUCGCAAGAGGGAAAGACGUAUAUGAACGUUGAAAAUCUCGACGUCGUGCUCGGAGUAAAAAAUUUGCAAAUGCGAGUCAGCAAGAUCUUCAAUAACAAUCGAAUACUCACCGAGGCAAUCAAUCUCUUCCUUCGAGAAAAUGGGCAAGAAGUGCUGAAACUGAUGGAACCGCAACUAAAGAAGAAGCUAUCGGCGCUCUUUGCUGGUAUUGUCAAUCAACUGUUGCGACACUUACCAGUGGAAUCGUUCCUUAUACCUUAAGACGUCUACAUCGUAUCUUCAUUAGUUACCAUUAGCUUCUUGUUAUUGAAAUCAACGAUAGAUUUUAAAUAUAUGCACUUAAAUAAUGCGUUACAAAAAAGGUAUUUUAGGCAUUUUUUAAAUUAAGAAGAUAAAAGAAAAAUACAAUAUGUAAAUGCCCAUUUAAAUUGCUUUUCAAUUUUUUAAUA